ACAGAUUACGCCAUUCAUGCUCAGUUUAUACGCGGAGUGCUUGACGGAGAAACGAGACGAGUGUAUGACCCACGAAAAUUUUGUUACCAAGCUCUAACAGGAUAGCACUAUGGCCGAUGAACCAGAAGUUCAAUACCCUAUUGCUGAUGAUCAACAAGCAGCCCCACAGCCUCCAAUUAAUGAACCUGUACAGCCACCGGCCGCUGUUGAAGCUGGCGCCGCACAAGGCGAUCCUAAUGGACCAGACCUUGAGCAACUACGCGAAGAAUUACGUCAAUUACGCCAGUCAGUAGAUGAGGUAUCCCAGGCUUCUGUGGAGAGUUUAAGGAGACGAAUGUUGCUGUAUACAGCUCGUCCACUCACAGAUUUCAAUAACUAUGAAGCUUUGGAGAUGUUGGAUUCUCUUCAAAGCACGGCCAAGGAUAAAGCACACGAGAAAAGAGAUUAUUAUAGAGUGGCAUACCAGACAGCUAGAGAGAAGGUUAACCUGCCAGCACCUCAAUUUCAAAUGCUAAUCCGUCGAUUAUUGGGUGACAAAGACCAUGACAAAGUACUCGACAUUGUUGCAAAAGUGGAAAAGACUCUCCGUAAAGAACAGUCACGUCGUCCAACGCCAACAUGGUUCUCUUAUCGCGAACGCGGUCGGUCGACACGAGCAUCACCAGCUCCGCGCUGUUAUUUUUGCCAUAAACCGGGGCAUUUCAAGGCUGACUGUAAUGAGUUCCGUCGGUCGACCCAGGCUCGCCAAGCCAAGAACCCUUCUGGUGAAACGCGAAAGGCUCAAUAACUUAUAGUCUGUCUAAUAACUCUCCUUUAUAUGUGGACUUCAGUGUAAAGAAUUGUGAAC